UCUUGGAGAUGGGAGACGGGGGAUGGUUGUGGUCCUUCUGCUAAAGCAAACAACAAAACGGGCACAUUAGGCGCCGCGGACGGAGGCGAUCACCGCUGUGACUGUUGGCCAAAGCUACAGAAGAAGCGAGAGUGUCAAAGCCGAGAGCAGCGACAUUGGUAGCCGCUUCACCUGCCUGCUGGGGCGGCAGAAGUGAGACGGCUGAGGACUGGAAGGAUGGUGCAGUCCUGUUCCGCCUACGGCUGCAAGAACCGAUAUCAUAAGGAUAAGCCUGUUUCUUUUCACAAGUUUCCUCUUACUCGACCCAAUCUUUGUAAAGAAUGGGAGGCAGCUAUCCGAAGAAAAAACUUUAAACCCACCAAGUAUAGCAGUAUUUGUUCGGAACACUUUACUCCAGAUUGCUUUAAGAGGGAGUGCAACAACAAGUUACUGAAAGAGAAUGCUGUACCCACAAUAUUUCUUUGUACUGAACCACGUGACAAGAAGGAAGAUCUGGAGCCACAGGAACAGCCUUCCCCACCUCCUUUAAAACCUCCCAUUUCCCAGGUUGAUGCUGCUAUUGGAUUAUUAAUGCCUCCUCUUCAGACCCCUGAUAAUCUCUCAGUUUUCUGUGAUCACAACUAUACUGUGGAGGAUACAAUGCACCAGAGAAAAAGGAUUCAAGAGCUAGAACUGCAAGUCGAAAAACUCAGAAAGAAGCUCAAGACUGCACAGCAACGAUGCAGAAGACAAGAACGACAGCUUGAAAAAUUAAAGGAGGCCAUACACUUCCAGAAAGAGAAAGACGUACCGGAGCGAGGUUUUGUGUUUCUCCCAGAAAAUUACUUUGAAAUAGUUGAAGUACCGGUAUAGAAAGAGUGAAAUUUGUAUUGGUUUUUAAUGGGGCAAUACCACAUACCCUCUUCUAGUCUAUAAAGGAGUUUCAUUUGAAAAAAAUAGCACUUGAUUACUUGUAUAAAAACAAUUCAGAAUAUUUUUUUAAAUAAAUUAGAUAUAUACUAUAAAAUUGUUAAUUCUUUUGUUUGUAAUUUCGGGGUUUAUACAUUUUAACAAAUAUUUUGAAAGUUAUAACUAACCUCAGAACUCCAAUAUAAGUUGGUUUUAAGACUGAGGGUUUUUGUUUUUUAAUUUGAGCAUUUAUAGAAAAAAUGUAAAAAUGAAAGAGAAUGAGAACAGUACAGUAAAGAUGAUUUAAGUUGAAAAUUUAAAAUUAGUUUAUUGAGAGAACUUAGUUAUAUUUUAAAUCAGAAGUAUGGCUUAGAUCAUAGGACAUAACUUCUCAGAAUAUAGUGGAACCUCGUUUCUCGAACUUAAUUCUUUCCAGAAGGCUGUUUGAGAAGUGAUUUGUUUGAAAACAGAAUCAAUUUUUCCCAUUAGGAUUAAUGUAAAUUGAAUUAAUCCAUCCCAGACCCCCAAAUGAUUCCCUGUUUCAAUCUUUCUUAUAUACAGUACGUACAUGGCUGAUGUACAGCUUAAUUUAUAAAUAAACACUUCUUUUCUAAAAUUUAUGGAACCACGCCUAUUAGCCUUAAAGGAAUUUUUCAUACAUCACUGCCUCCAGAAUGCUAUCACCAGCUAACUUCUUUUCCUUUAUCCAAUCAGCAACAGUUUUCCUACCUAUUCAAUUGCCUGUGAUUGCUGUUUUGUGAGCACUUUCACGCUCUUAGCUACAUUAGCACUCUUAAUGGCCUCUUUUUGUAUUAAAAUUGUGCUAAUUGCCAGCAACAAAAGCAUUCUCUCCUUUGCUUGUUGCCUUUGAGAAGCUUUUUGUUAUGCUGAUACCUCAGCAUGAAAGAGUUAUUGGUCGAAAACUGAAGUUUUGGUCGACAACUGAGACAUUGUUUUCUGUGAAUGACUUGGUCGAGAACCAAAUUGUUCCGAGAUGGGAGAUGGUCGAGAAACGAGGUUUGACUGUAUAUACUGUAAUCUUAUUCACAUAUUCUUAUUUGUAAAGUUAGAAGUUUCAUUUAUCUUAAUCAUUUGUCAAAGAUAAAUUGACAAGUCGAUGCAUUAAAAAAAGAUAGGAUAUCUUAACAUCAGAAAGUGAAGAAUGGAUUUUUUAAAAGUAGGCCCCUCUUUUGCCUAGCAUUAUAAAAUUAAAAGUGUAUCUCCAGUGAAAGACACACUCGUUAACAAAUAGUAAGCCUUGUUAUCAGUGAAGUAAUAAAAAUGGGUCUGAUCCAUGUCAGUAGAGUUUGAUUUGUACUGUAAUAUGGUAAUUUUUUAAAAAUAUGUUUUUAUUGAUUUCAGAGAGAGGAAGAGAGAGGGAUAGAGAGAUAGAAACAUCGAUGAGAGAGAAUCAGUUGCCUUCCUCCUGCACGCUUCAAGCUCACAACCCUGGCAUGUGCCCUGACGGGGAAUCGAACCGUGACCUGGGUUCAUGGGUCAAUGCUCAACCACUGUACCACACUGGCCGGGCCAUAAUAUGACAUAAAUCCAUGCUUGGAGAGAACUGAGCAAGAAACAUGUAUACCAACUGUUUGCAUAUAAAUAAUAUGUCAUAGUUUAACAUAGGGAUUUUGAGGUACAGGUGCUUAUUUCUGAAUUUAAGAUGUAACAUUUGUUGAAUGUUUUAAAAAUUCAUUUUGUCUAUUAUUUAUAACAUUGCCAAGAAAAGGAUAACAUUUAGGCUAAAAUAGGUCCUGUUCAAACAUAGUGAAACUCAUUCUAAAACAGGGACAAGAUUUCAAUCUGAAACAAAUUGGGAGAGGGCUUGUAAACUGCAGCAUAUUCUGAAAGGUAACAUUUAUUUUAGCAUAUAGCAACACACUAAAAUAUCCACCUGUGUGUGACAUAAUCUAGCUAUAAUUAAUGGUGAGAAGAAAUAAUUGUUUCUUAAUAGAACUGCUAGGAAAACAAUAGAGUUUUAGAAUUAGAAGGGACUUAGAAAUCAUUGAACACUAGCCCAACCUCUAAACCCUGGAAGAAAUUUCCUUGUAAAAUAUUGCUGGCAGUCGUCAUCUGUUCUUUCAUUGCUGUUUACAUUUAAUCAGUUCUGCUUAGAUUCUUUAAAUUGGGUUUUGGGAUUAGGAUAGAAUUAGUUGCCACUUUUUAUACUUGUUUAUAAUACAAAUAUAAACUUCACUUUGAACUGCUGCAUAGUUGAACUGUCAAAUUCUAAAUUACAGAAGUUUUGAAUUUUUGUAAAAUAAUUCAAAUGUUUACUAAUUGUUAUACCUGUUAUGUGUGCUAAAAAUAUUUCUGCCAUUGAAGUAAAAAACAGUGGUGUCUAAAAUUACUAGCACAACUUUUCACUUGGAAAUCCAAGAACAUGAAAUUAUUUUCCUUUAUAAUUUGUGUAAUCCCUUUCUUAGCAGUAUAAUGAUAAUGGUGAAGGCAAAUAAAAGUUUCACUUGAAUGUA